AUGUCUUCUACAUACUUUCUAGAAACAACAGCUACUGCAGCGGCGGACACGACGACGUCUGUCCCUCACGCGCCACUACUCACCUCACGCUUGUCUCAUGCUGUUUCGGCUGCUCAGCCUCCCAUGCCGCCACUUUUAUCCAGACAGGUAUUGCGUCGGCAUGAAUAUUCAGUGCUCAUGGGGGAGACGGAGGAACAUGUGUUGGAGGAGGUUCAGGUGGACUUGGAUCCGGUUGUGGCGCUGGACAUGCUGUGGAAUGCAGUGUUCGUGGCGGUGUCUGUGGUGACCUUGAUCAUUACGUUGGAUGAGAAACCUAAUACUCCUAUUAGAAUAUGGGUUUGCGGCUAUGCUCUGCAGAGCUCGGUGCAUGUUGUUUUGGUUUGGUUGGGGUGCAGGAGGAGGAACACCAGCACAACGUCCGCCAUUGAUGAGGAGAGAGGAGACGCUGCUGCUGAAGAUGUUAAUGAUCGUGAAGAUGAAGAAGAUGAGACUGAAAGCAGUCUUUUUAAUUCAUAUCAACCAAGUGUAGCUAAACGAUGCGAAUCCGCGAAUAUAAUGGCAUCGUUUCUUUGGUGGAUGGUAGGCCUCUACUGGGUUGUUUCCGGUGGUGAAAUUUUUCUGCAAAACGCUCCACGUUUAUUCUGGUUGGCUGUGGUUUUUCUGGCAUUCGAUGUGUUCUUUGGAAUCGUUUGUGUUGUUUUGGCAUGUUUGAUCGGGAUUGCUCUUUGCUGCUGCUUGCCCAGCAUCAUUGCAAUCUUUUAUGCUGCUUCCAAGCAGGAAGGUGCAGCAGAAGCAGAUCUUAAUAUCCUUCUGAAAUAUCGAUUUCGGAUAAACAAUGAUGAAAACUCAAGUACGAGGGCGGGGAAAAUGGUCCCUGUAGAAACGAGUGGCAGAUGUUUGGGAAAUGAGCAUUUACUCUUACCUGAGGAUGCAGAAUGUUGUAUAUGUCUCAACUUGUACCAAGAUGGCGAAGAACUCCAUUCUCUCCCUUGCAACCACCAUUUUCAUUCAACAUGCAUCGUGAAGUGGCUUAAGAUGAAAGCAACAUGCCCGCUCUGCAAACACAGUAUAUUAAAGGGAGACGAACACGAAUGA